AUGGGGAACACAGCCUCGAAUCCGAAAAUUACUUCUCAUGACAAGGCAAUUCUAAAUCUUAAGAUCCAGCGUGAUCGAUUAAGCAAAUCUAGACAACAAUUACAGAAAGUCAUUGAUCGAGAAACCGAAAUAGCAAGAGAAUGCAUCAAAUCGAACCACAUUGAGAGGGCAAAGUUGGCGCUACGGAAGAAGAAGAGGCAGCAGUCGUUGCUAAACAACCUUGAGAGACAAAGCGAUACGCUUGAAGAACUCAUAGACACAAUUGAAUUCAAACUUAUUGAAAAGGAUGUCUUGUAUGGGUUGGAACAAGGUAAUAAGGUACUGAAGGAGAUCAACAAGGAAAUGAGUCUUGAGAAAGUUGAGAAAAUACUCGACGAAACUUCAGAAGGUAUACAUUACCAAAACGAGCUAAGUGAGAGACUCGGUUCUCUAUUGACCAAUGGCGAAGAAGAUGAAGUUGAAGACGAGUUGAAGCAGCUAGAAAUUGAAAUGGGUGCAAUACCACCAAAUGUAGUAGUAGUGGAUGAAAAUAGGCCAACCGUUGAAGACGUUGAGAGGAAGCAUAAGCUAGAAUCGCUUCCUCAAGUUCCUAAGCAACAGCCACAAUCAAAUGGAGAUAUACCCGCUAAGGAUGUCAACAAUGAGGAGUUUAGAACUGCAGGAUACGCUAUAUGA